UAAUUAAGAUAUAGGUAUUAGAAAUGUUAUAGAACUCAUUAAUCCGGCUAUUAACGAUGAGUCAAGGAGAGAAAAAUAAUUAUUUACUUUCCUUUAGGGUUGCCAAGGAUAAAUAGUAAAUAUCCUCAAGCUCCUGAUUUAAUUCAUCACGGAACAGAGGAUUUUUGGCUUUAGCCUUGGAACCUAAGAACUCAUCACGAGCUUUCUUAAAGAAGUUUUGGAACAUAAUAGCGUAUUUUUGUCAGCCAUGAAGUUCUUCUUCUCAGUUGAAGAGAAACAGUAAAGAAGGCUUCUAAUUCUUUUGAAGUUUCUUCUCUUAAUAUAACUGUCAUUCUUUUUGUAGUUUUGAGAAUGCAGAAUAAUAAUCAUACUAUCUAAGAAUUCAUCAGAGUCAGUCUGGUAUUGACAGUCUGCGAAUUCCGUCCGAAUAAAGUCAGUGAUCAAUUCAUCAAUAGAGCAUCUAUUCGGAUUAAAUAUAUCCUUCUCCCAUUUCUUUAAAAGAGGUUCAAACUUGUCUUUGAAGUAAUUGUUCAUUCCUCUAAAGCAAGUUCUACCAGGGCGAAGGCAUUUGUCUUAGUUUUCUUUUUAUGUAGUCUUUUACUUAUAUUCUUGAGACUUUUCAAUGUCUUUGGCAGCAAGCUUUCAUCUUCCUUUGUCGAUGCUAUUUUUCCUAAUAAUUAAAAGUCCUUGCUGGCCUUAAAGUUAUCCUUGUUUUCAGGCAUCAUAAAUGUUUCAAAGGAUUGUGGGAAGGUCACAAAGUAAUCAUCACAAUUUUUAUUGAAACAUGCAUUGGCGUCCUGAUUUGCAAUAUUUUGAUCAGGAUCUUUGAUCUCGUCGGAUCUGAUUCUUUCUUCCAUCACAAUUCAGGUGUUAGAAAUUCAACAGUGGUCAUUAGGAUUUUUAGGAUUAAAUUUAUUGUCCUGGAAAUUUCUGUUGGAAAUCCAAUGACAUCCUCAUAUUUCCAAUGGCUUUUUGAUGCAUUCUAAGGAAAUUCUGAUUUAUUAAAAUCUUGAUCAGCGUGGAAAUUAAAAUUGAACUGUAUAGUAGAGACAUCAUCAGACUUAGUAGACAUUCUCCUUCUCCUCUCAAAUGAAGAAACGGAGGAUCUACGCUCAAUAGGAUCUUCUAUGGAUGAAUCUCCAGCACACAUUCGAGCUGCAUCCUGACUUCUGUCUCUGAAGUAGCUCAUUUUUGGAUCAUCAUCUUGGCUUGCAUUUAAGUUUGAAAAGAGGAAAUUAAAUGAUUCUGUCAUUCUUGUUUUCUUA